AUGAGGGCUAUACAUGAACUGGCAAAACUAUAUCACGUGAUAUACCUAUGUUUCCGUUCAUCUGUAUCAACUGGAUAUCCAAAAGUAACGAUACAUAGCUUGACAUUAAAGAAUGAGAUCGAGUUUUGCGACACAAUGGUCAAAGCGGAGGCUGUGGCUAAAAGAUGGCUUACUGCAAUGGUUAUUACUUUUCUGGACAAGAGCAGCAUUUACAAUAGGAAAAAACACAAGCAGAAUCAAGCAAAAGAGUUCUGGGACGCUGUCUAUCAGAAAAAAAAACAGAUCGAUAUAUCCCCCACCUUGACCUUGAACCAGUUCAUAAUAAUAUGCUUUGAUAAGACCUCCGCAUUUACUGAAACGGAUAAUCAGAAAGUCUUUAGGACAAUUCGCAGAGCACUUUGCAAUCAAUGGGAGAACAUCAUUGGAAUUUUCGCAGAUACAAAUUUCUCAAUUGGUGACUUAGUAUCUGCUCAAGACGAAGAUGAUUCUACUGUUUGUUCACAUUACUUCAACAGAUUGCUUAAGCAAUACAAGUUACUCCGAAGAAGAAAUGAAGAUGGGUUACAAUAUUGUUCAUUAUGGUCAGCCAUUGUGGCAGUCUAUGUGAAAUGUGGGAAAAAUACUGGCAAUAAUCUGCAACAGCCCUGA